UUUGGGGGCGUAACCCGGAAGAUGUGUUAUUUCAUCAGGUGACAACCAACAUGCUCCCCCGGCUGUAAAAUGACCCAUCUGUGGCUGUAGCUUUGGUUUUAUGAAGUCUGUUUGUAACAUCGCGGUUGAAUUAAUCAAACCCAGAGGAGCUCACAGUUCGGCCGCAGCUCGUCGACUCGGAGGAGAGAUGUGUAAAGAGCUCAAGACCAAAGUGCUGCGUUUGUUGCCGCCGACCUCCAAUGGGCCGUCUGUUCAUCAGGAGGGCCAAACAGAUGGUGCUGAAAUCCUGAAUUGCACAGUGAAGGCUCUGAAGGAGGGUCAUGUGGUUGGUGUGCCCACAGACACCAUCUACGGCCUGGCAUGUCUGGCCCAGAACUCUGAAGCCGUCAGGAAAACCUAUAAUAUCAAAGGACGAAAUGGACAGAAACCGCUGGCCAUCUGUGUAGGAGAAAUUCAGGAUAUCUAUAAGUACUGCAAGGUGACGGUGACGAAAGCGCUGUUAGGUGACCUGCUGCCUGGUCCCGUCACUCUGGUGUUUGAAAGAUCUGAAGUACUGAACACAGAUCUCAACCCCUUUACUUUGCUUGUAGGCGUUCGAAUCCCAGACCAUGCCUUUAUGAGACGCCUUUGCCAGAUGUGUGCGGAACCACUCGCACUUACCAGCGCCAACAUCAGCUCACACACCAGCACCGUGGCUGUACAUGAGUUUCAGGAGCUCUGGCCCAAACUAGCAGUGGUGGUGGAUGGCGGACCAAUAGGAGACCAGAGCCGCCUUGGAUCAACAGUGGUCGACCUAUCAGUACUCGGCAAAUACCGCAUCAUCAGACCCGGCUGUGCCCUUUUGUCUACGGUUGAUGUGCUGGAGCACAAAUAUGGACUGUCAGAGGACUUUGGGGAAGAAUGACCUUUGAACUAUCCACACACCACACCGCACGCUGAGACGCACAACCAGCACUGCCCCUGGGCUUCCUCAGAAAAGAUGAAUCCUUUUCACAUUCACAUGAAAGAAUUAGUCUUUCCCGGGAAAGACUAGAACUCAGGAACAACUUGAGCGUUAAACCGCUGAUGACCGAUAUUGUUCUGGUGGCAGCUUUAAGGUCUGGAGUAACUUGUUCUUUUGAUGACCAUAUUUUCUGCCUUACUAUGCAUCUACUAUCAUAAGAUUAUGUGGGAGUUUAAACUAAGUGUCACAGUUCUCAAUUUGUUGAAACAGAAUAAGGUCAGCUAUAUGGUAUGGGUUUUAUUUUUAUUUUUUUAUUGCGUAAAAAUAGAAUCUUUUUGUGCUGUCAAAGCAACAUGGUUUAACUGAGAGUACAAUGGUUUGAGUUUUUAUUUUGACUUGAUAUUUCUAUAAUGGUUACUGUAAUGUUAGAGGUGUAGAAGAGUUGUAUUUUAUUGCCUGAAUAAUUCUUUGUGAUAACCUAAGGGAUGGAUGGGAGACUAUACAUCAAAUGUUUUGAGUCCAGAACUAUUUUUUAUUAAAUUAUGAAUCUCCUGUAUUUAUUUUAUCCCCAUAUCAGUUUAACAACAUAAGGCUUGCGCUACAAUUGGUCACCUGCUACAGUUACAAUAACUUUUAUGUUUGAUGUUGUAGCUUAAACUACAUUACAUUUACAAGUUCGAAAUAUUGUAAUAUUUCAGAGUCGUGUUGGUUAGCACGUGACCAAGUGGAUGUACGGUAUGAAAUUCAUCUGCCCACUUGCAGUUGUUAAAAACUGGAGCAUUUGUUUAAUUCUCAUCACCUGAUGUAAACUUGUUUUGAUGGAUUGUACAACCUUGGAACAGAAUACACAAUAAAUGUUUUUUCAGUAUCAGUCUUA